UGUCAAACAGGAACACACAAGGCAUCCGUCGGUUGGCGCAAGUGUUUAUAUUGUUUAGUGCUGCGAUUUUUCGGUGAAAUGUGAUUUUUUAGUUUAAGAACUGACCGUUCUCUUCAUUUAACUUAUAAAACCAGCCAGCAUGGGAGUCACCGGUCUAUGGAAACUUGUGGAACAGUCGGGUAAACCAGUUCCGUUGGAGACAUUGGAAAAUAAAAUACUUGCUGUUGAUAUUUCAAUAUGGCUUCAUCAGGUUACCAAAGGAUUUCAAGAUUCCAAGGGCAGUUCACUGCCAAAUGCACACAUCUUAGGUCUAUUUCACCGGUUGUGCAAGUUGAUGUACUACCGUAUAAAGCCAGUGUUUGUGUUCGAUGGAGGAGUACCAAUGCUUAAAAAGCAAACUAUCGCCAAGCGAAAUCAGAGUAGAAGCAAAUACCACAAUGAAGCAGAGCGGAUUCAGCAGUUACUAUUAGAGACUCUAGCCAAGGAAAAAGUAGUUCAGCAAGCUCUAGGAUCGGCCACUAAUUUGCUCGUUUCACCAUCCAAGAAACCCGGUAACAACAGCAAGGAUCCAGGUGAACCGGAUGCAAUGUUUAAAUUGCCACCCUUGAAGGAAGAUUCCCCAUUCAAAAAAAUCGACAGCAGUUCAACUGAUUUGGACGAUAGCACCAGCUCUUGGGAUGAAAAAACGUCCAAGAGCUAUUAUCAUCUCAAUUUGAAUGCGAUCGAUGUGUCAAGUGUUCAUUUCAAAAAUCUUCCCGCCGAUGUCCGGCACGACAUUCUGACCGAUAUCAAAGAAACUAGGAAAGAAUCAUCCUGGGGACGAUUGCAUGAGCUACCCGUGGAAAGUAAUGAUUUUUCAUCAUUUCAAAUGAAACGAUUGCUAAAGCGGCGCACGGUACAGGUUGAACUGGAAGAGGCCCAAAAAGAAAUGGGGGGAAAAUGUCUUUCUUUGGCCGAGUUAGAGGCGCUACUAUCAGAGGAAGGAGUAGAUACCUGUUCGGACAAGGCAGCGCAGAAAAUUGCCUCGGAUGAGAACACGCGCUUUCUGCUGGUCAGAGACGUUCAGAAGGCUAUCGAAAAGGCUAAGAUUAAAGAAGAAGAGGAAAAGAAUGCUCCCAGGCCUCCGAAGCUAUCCAAAAUGGGGAUUAAGAAGUUGAGCGGUAGCCAGGAUAUACUAGACGAUAAAGAAAUGGAUGAGGAACUGCAGCUGGCAAUUAAAAUGUCACUUAUGCAGGAUGAGGAUCCGAAUGUCUUGAUCGAUCUUGAAUCGGAAGAAGUUCGAAUGUCGAAGCAGCAGAAGGAAGUUCUUGGCAAUGCCGCUUUAAGUUUAGCUCGCGGUUAUAUGCUGGAAUAUGGCGGUAUGUCUAAUGACGAUGUACGAGAGUUACUUCAUCAAACACAAGUCGUGGAUGAGGGAGCAAUAGAGAAGUCAUUUAUGCAGACCUUUGAGCACAACGAUGCAUCGGUUUUGAAGGCAAUUGAUCAACCGAAAGUUACUGGUGAGGUGGAAGCAGUGAACGUUUCGUCUGACACGGAUACGGACUCGGAUUUCAUUGAUGUUCCGACGGAUGAUCUAGAUGAUUCUACGCCUGGAGUGUUGUUACCAUUGAAUCCAACCAAUCAUCUGAAACCAGUAUUUGGUACGAUGGUUGAUUUUACGUUGGAUGAUUUGAAACUAAAUAAGGCCGAGAAAAAAGUUGUAGAAGUGUUUAUCGAUGAGAAAAAGAUGGGAAUCAAAGAUGAUGAUGACAUAUUUGCUGAUGUGUUUGAAACGAAUGCCGCGUCAGAAGUUCAGACGACUUUGCCUGACGUUUCAGAUCAGGAUUUAAAAGAUGUGAAGGUCCCUUCCGGUGUAGCUAUUGUUCCCGGUAAUCUAAAACCACCUCUCAUCAAGAUUAAGAAAGUCGAUGACAUAAAUGCCAAAGUGAAAGAAGAAUUGAAUAGACUCAAAACGGCACCACCAAUUAUAGAUUUGGAUGAUAUCGUAAUUCCUAUCGAAGAAGAAAAUUCUGAAAUGGGUCUCUUAGCACAAUCCGCACAAACAAAACCGGAAUCAGUAAAUAUUCAGAUAAAAGAGCAAUUGAAUCAGUUGAAAUUACUGAAAACAGUAAUCAAUUUGGAUGACAUUGAGCUGAACAGUUCAUUGCAGGCAGAAACAAUAUUCACUCCGUGUCAACAAGUCGACGAAGAUAGUGAUGCGACCGUUGGCUACUCACCAAUGAAAGAAGUUCAAAAACUCAUAAAAACAUCCGAGGCAACUCAUGUGAAUAUAAUUAAGCCACCCGUCACGGUUACAGACACCGAAAUAGAUCAACCAAAUUCUCCUUUUGGAACACCCAAGAAAGGCACUCUGGAACACCUUGUGCUGUCACGAACUCCUGGAAGCGAUUCGAAGAAAUCUGAACCUGAAGAAGCACUUCCGAACGUUCCCAAACCAUUCUUCGUAAACAAAACUCCCCCGUCAACUUCAAAAAGUCGACAAUUGGAGCAAAAUAUCACCCCAUCAAAAUCGGUCAAAGUGUCAAAGGAAUUAUUUCCUGAACCAGAGCCAGUUCCUUCAACAAGCAAAUCUCGCAUGGAGAGCACAGCAACGAAUAUAAUUAAUGAAAUGGCCGACAGUCUAAAGGACAACAAAACUCCACUGGAACUGAAAAAAAUGGCUCUUAACCUUGCCCAGGAGGAGCGUGAGCUGGAGAAAGAGAAAAACCGACAAAAUCGUCUGGGGACUUCUAUCACAGAUCAGAUGCAGAAUGACUGUAUGGAGCUGUUGAAACUGUUCGGCGUCCCUUACAUCGUGGCCCCAAUGGAAGCGGAAGCGCAGUGUGCUUUUCUGAACCAGAUCGAAAUAACCGAUGGCACGAUCACAGACGAUAGCGACAUCUGGCUGUUUGGGGGCAAGACUGUGUAUAAGAAUUUCUUCAACCAGCAGAAACUUGUGCUUGAGUACACGAUCGAUAACAUUGAACGCCUUUUCCAGAUGGAUCGCAAGAAGUUAAUUCAGCUAGCGCUGCUGGUCGGCAGUGAUUACACUACAGGAAUCCAUGGAAUAGGUGCAGUGACGGCGCUGGAAAUACUUGCCUCAUUCCCGAUUACCCCGGAGAAGGAAGGCGAAACAUCUGAAAUGAUGUCGCUUCUGUCUGGGCUCCGCAAGUUCCGUGACUGGUGGAUUCACGGACGGAAUAACGCCGUCGGAACGCGUAUAGCACUGAAAUCAAAGCUGAAAAACAUCGAGUUCUCCGAAGGAUUUCCCAGUACGGGUGUCGUGGAGGCUUAUCUGUAUCCGACAGUGGAUGGUAGUAAGGAAGCUUUUUCUUGGGGUUACCCCGAUGUUGAAAGUUUGCGAGAUUUCGCCAAGCAAAAGUUUGGUUGGCCCGUUUCGAAAACGGAAGAUGUUUUGCAGCCUGUAUUGAAGCGUUUGGACGAACGAAAAUCGCAAGCAUCAAUCAAAAACUAUUUUAAAGUUCAGAGUGCCAUUGCUCAUAAUCAGGUAAAAGUUAGUAAGCGAGUGCAGCAUGCUGUUGAUGCCAUGGCGGGGAAAGUCAUAGAAGAGCCGACAAAAAGUCCCAAGAAGCGGGUACCAAGAAAAAGAAAGCCUCAAAAAGAAGCUCUGACCGAGGCAGGUCCUAGCCAUGAAAACAUUUCAGAAGUUAUAUGCCUAACUCAAGACAGUGAAGAAGAGGUCAUUGAACAGAAAAAGGUUAAAUCGCGCAAAGCAACAGUUCCUAAAAAAGGCAAAAAAGGAAAAGGCAAGGCUUCAGCAGAAACAGCUGAAACAAGCUGUGAGGCCGAUAGACCUUGCACAUCCCUAUCGAACAUUUCAGGAAUUAUUUCCAAAAUCAACGAUCAAUCGGCAGAAAAACUGGGUGAGACUGCGGUCAGAGAUAAAAGGAAAGCCGUUAAGAAUAAGAUACCUGACUUUAAUCCUGCCAUCCCGCAACGGCUGAAAGAUGAGGAAGAAAUGGUCAGUCGUAAGCAACGUGCUAUCGAACUGUUCAAAAAGACACAAGCUGAAACCAAAAGUAAAAAAAGCCGGAAGUGAUUUAUUAUCUAAUCUGGAUUGAUGAAGCAAUAAUUCACUGUUGUGGUUGAUUUGAAUAAAACAUGGGUAAUUAUGUUAAAAUCUC